AUGAUGGAUUUGACUAGAAUGCGCAAAGGGCCGCUGCCUGGAGGUCGCCAGGGCGCGUCUGGAGCUGGUGCUGGACGCGACAGCAUGCGUACCGCCAGCCGACGAGCGCGAGGUGCUGCACGACCACCCAGCAGCCCCUCGCAUCCAUCAUCCCCACCAGCUGGCUUGGUGUCGGCAGGAUCUUCGCGGGCCCAGCAAUCAGCACCCGCCACUGGUGGAGCACGCCGCAUGCGUUGGACAACUCAAAUGAACAGCAACGCAUUGCGGGCGUAUUUUAGGGCGAAAGGGGGAGAAAUCGGAGGUUUUGCGUAUCGGGCAAGGAUGCGUCGACUUUUUGCUGAGCUGGACCCAUCUAUAAGCGUCACCGAGCAAAACCUGGCCGACCAAGUUCGGUAUAUCUUGCGCUCAAAUACAUUUGAUGUCACCGAACUCGAACGGCUACGACGUGAGGCUGUUCCUUCAUCGGAUGAAAAUGCUACGGCUGAGAAUGCGGCACCGCAACUUGCAGAGCAACCGACAAAUGUGGAUGCCGCCGUGAAUACCCCAGUUUUGGGCAAGGAUGCAUCGACUUUUUGCCGAGCUGGAGCCAUCUGUAACCGUCACCGAGCAAAACCUGGCAGACCGAGGUCGGUAUAUCUUGCCGAACUCGAACGGCUAUGGUGUGAGGCUGUUCCCUUAUCAGAUGAAAAUGCUACGGCUGAGAAUGUGGUGCCACAAGUUGCAGAACAACCUACACACGUGGAUGCCGCCGUGAAUACCCCAGUGGUGGCUGAUUCAAAUGAUGAUGGAACAUUCGCCCAGGAACUAGAAAUAGAGCAAAUGAGGAAUACAUUGGAAGAGGCGAUUGUGGAAACGCGCAGUACGCCUCUCGAAAAUCGACCGCGACUUCCCCGCAUAGCCCUAAGCAAGCGGAAUCGGGCUGUCGACUCGGAUGGGAACCCAAUGCUGGUGGCCUAUAUGGAAGCCAGCCGGGACCUUUGCAAGACGGACUCAAUUCUUUUUGGCGCCGUGCUGGCAGUCUGCUGUAUUACAGGCGCCAAGGUUUCCUCGGCUGGACGCGCUACUGUGUGA